UCAAACAAAACAAAACUUUCGUAUGUUUGUGGGAUUAGCGGCCCAGGCCCAGAUUACACUAUUCAAUUUAAAGUAUACCGUGACUCAACAUCUAGAAAAGCAAAGAAAAAUGUGUUGGCUUGAAUCAUACACAAUUCAAUUUAACGGACAUAGACUUUGAUAAUUACCAGAAAACAUUCAAAUACCUAGCGGUCAUAAAACCGCGGUAUGUUUCCGCAAAAAUCGAAAAAUAUCGAUCUGAAAUAAAAUCUAAACAGUUUCCGAUCCAGAUUAGGCUGAAUAAGGUGUUUACUGUUGCCUUUCCUGUUUUAAAAAGUCAAACUGUAAACAAACAUGGUUGAAGCGAAACGUCAAAAUCAGUCGGUCGCCGAAAGCGGCGCGGCGCGGUGUCGCAUUGUUUAUCGAUAAUGGUGUAUUUUCCGGUGCGAAAGUGCUACCAAGCGGCCAAAGUUCUCGUGUUGGUUGUGCUGGUGGUGACUAUCCUAGCUUUAUUCGAGCAGUGGCGAGGGGGCAAGAGGAAUGCGCGAGCCGCGUACUCCGACCCCUUGGAAGCAGAGUACGAGAGGGAGAUAUUAGAGGAUGAGGCUCGCAUCAUCCCCGGUCUCGGAGAAGGUGGAGCCGCAGCGCACCUCAUAGGAGAGGAAAAGAAGCUCGGUGAGGAGUCCGAGAAGAAGCUGGCGAUUAAUGUGUACCUCAGUGACAGAAUACCGUACAACAGGACUUUGAAAGACUUCCGCAACCCAGCGUGCAAGCGAGUCAUAUACGACUCCGAGCUGCCCUCCGCCUCCGUCAUCCUGAUAUUCCAUAAUGAGCCUUAUUCCGUGGUCGUAAGGACCAUUUGGAGCGUCGUGAACAGCGCCAGGAGGAGCAACCCCUGGUUCCAGAAUGCCAACUUCGUGGACCGGCAGACCGGCAGGGAUAUGGGGACAGGCUACCCCGGCCAGGACCCGAACUCUCCCUUCGUAUACUUGAAGGAGAUCAUCCUGGUUGACGACAACUCCACGCUGCCGGAGCUGAAGGGCAAGCUGAGUCACUACGUGCGCACGCGCCUGCCGCCAGACCUCAUCCGGAUACUGCGCCUGCCGGACCGCGUCGGGUUGACGCGCGCGCGGCUGGCGGGCGCCCGCUACGCCGCCGGUGACGUCAUCGUGUUCCUGGACUCGCACUGCGAGAGCCAGCCGGACUGGCUGCGGCCGCUGCUGCAAGCCAUCAAGGACAGGCCCCACGCCGUCGUCGUCCCCAUCAUUGACGUCAUCGAGUCCACCAAUUUCUACUACAGCGUGCUCGACGCCACCACUUUUCAGGUGGGUGGGUUCUCCUUCAUGGGGCACUUCACGUGGACCGACGUGCCGGAGCGAGAGAAGAAGAGGCGAGGGUCCGACAUCUCGCCUACUUGGUCCCCGACGAUGGCGGGCGGUCUGUUCGCCAUCAGCCGCUCGUACUUCUGGGAACUCGGCGCCUACGACGAGCAGAUGGGCGGCUGGGGCGGAGAGAACCUCGAGAUGUCCUUCCGGAUAUGGCAGUGUGGCGGCACUCUGGAGACGAUACCUUGCUCUCGCGUCGGGCAUGUGUUCCGCAGCUUCCACCCGUACGGCAUGCCCGCAUACAUGGACACGCAUGGUAUAAACACGGCGCGCAUGGCGGAGGUCUGGAUGGACGAGUACGCCGAGCUGUUCUACCUGCACCGGCCUGACCUCAGGAACAACCCCAAGAUAGGCGACGUGACCCACCGCAAGGUCCUCCGCGAGAAGCUAAAGUGCAAGAGUUUCCAGUGGUACCUCGACAACAUCUACAAGGAGAAGUUCGUGCCCGUCAGGGACGUCUACGGAUACGGCAGAUUCAAGAACGACGCCACGCAGAUGUGCCUGGACACCCUCCAGCGCGAGGCGGAGGCGUCCCCGCUGGGCUGCUACCCGUGCCACCCCGAGCUGCAGGCCACGCAGUACUUCUCCUUCUCGCUCACCGGGGAGCUGCGCGACGAGUUCAACUGUGCCACUGUGCAGCCGUCCAGACUACAGGCGGAGUCCCGCACGUCGGAGGUGGUCCGGCCCGUGGUGAUGACGGCGUGCCACGGCAACGGGCGCGAGCAGAAGUGGCGGCGGCUGGCGAGCGGCCAGCUGCAGCACGCCGCCACGCGCCUGUGCCUGGACGCGCCGCGCGACGUGGCCGACGUGCGCGCCACGCUCUGCCGCCCCGACGCCGCCACGCAGUACUGGGCCAUAGACUACACCGAGGAUAAUAACUUCCAUGCUAGUGACUUGAGGUUCGGCCCCGAGAGGGAACAGAGGCUCAACAGACUGCGCGGACAAAGACGUAUAUCCCGGUCGCUGCUGUCGUACCCGGAGACCAGCGGCAACGUGCUGGAGGACACGCGCCGCGACGACGGGGACAACGGGACCAUCCGCCGACACACGCACAAGCACCAGCAGGGCAAGCACCACAAGCGCCACGGCCGCAAGCGAAGCCGCUCCAGCAAGAAGAGGACCAAGAACAAGUUCAUCCUGAAGAUCCUCAGGACCCUGAUGAACGGCACCGAGGAGCACCUGGAGGUCGACAUCCACUGCAAGCACCGCCAGCUGUUCCCCAACAACAGCUUCGUGAGGGACCUCGUCACUAUACUCAAUGAGAAGAAUGUCAAGGUGAUAAACAACGGCCGCGUGUUCGAGCGCAACAAGGUGACGGAGCUGGACACGCACCGGCCGCAGAAGGUGCUCAACAAGAUGGAGAUCGAGGAGUUGCAGCCGCCCGAGCAGUCGCAGGCGCCCGUGGGGGGGCUGCAGAUGCGGGAGGGGCAGCUGUCGCAGAAGCAGAUCAUCCAGCAGCUGAAGCAGCGCAUGAAGAAGCCCAAGCUAGGAGGUGACGUGCAGAGCGUCAUCACACGCGAGGCGCUGGGCGGGGGCGGGGGCGGCCUGGGCGUGGGCGGGGGCGGGCUGGGCGUGGGCGGCGCCCUGGCAGCCGGCCGCGUCGUGCAGGCCGACACCGGGCCCGGCCCAGCGCUGGGCCCUCUGGGCGUGGGCGGGCUGGGCAGCCUGGCCAGCCUGCGUAUCCCGAGCCCGCAUCACGGCGCCCAGCGCGACGGUGACAAGAAGAUCAUCAUCGAGGACUUUGUGGAGGUGAAGCGCCUCACGGCCAGCACUCAGCCACCUUCUGGGGCCUCUGUCAAGAAUUCCAUGGAAGGCAUGGUCAGUGGACCUGUGGAAAUAGAGUUCUUAGAAGUACUAGAAGAAGCGCUUCGCCAGUCUACCCUCCUACUUCACCGCGGCCGAAUUCGCGAAACAGCCAGUAUAGACUACAACAUCGUCUCAAAAACCCCUACCCUUAUUUACCCGGACGCUGCUACUAUGAGUCCGUGUCCCCCCAGGUCUGUGCCCGAGUCUGGUGAGGGGGGCGCCGGCAAGGAGGGCGAGUCGGGCGCGGACGACCAGCCACUCAUGGACGACAGCAUGGACCGCAGCAACGGGCGCGAGGACUGGCCCGUCGACGGUACAGGCGAGUCCCGGUUCCGGCGCAACAACUCUCGCGGCCGGCCACAGCGGCGGCAGCACUCGCGAGAGCGAGACAGCGAGCGCGAGCGCCUCGUGGAGAGACAGAGUCAGCGCAUGUCGGGGAGCGAGCGGGACAGCUCCGGCGAGAGGGAGAGGGAGCAUGUGCACAGCGCGCACUGCAAGCACAAGGAGGACGCGCCCUCCGACACCGAUGUGGAGUACACCAGGGAUGAGCAACUGACCGCGUUCCAGCCGCUGUACUCCCGCUCCACGAACAACAACGCGGCCGCCAACAGCAGCGGGGAGGCCGCUCCCGUCAAGGUCGUCAUGCGCUCCAACCUCACCUUCAACCUCGGAGACGAGUUCUUCGCGUGGAAGAACAGGGCUACCGAUGACCUUGUUAACGAGUUCUUAGGCGAGCUGUAUAUUCCGUCCAACAGCAGCGAGCGCGCGUUCGACCGGCCGGCGGGGGCGCGCGCGGGGCCCGCGGGGCUGGGGCCCAGCCCGGGCGCGGGGCCUAGCGAGCCGCGGCUCUCGCAGGACGAGAGCGGACACAACAGCAACAGCCAACACCACUCCUCUUCCUCGUCUGACAGCAGCGGGGAUUGAGUCCGCUCCGCUUCGCUACCUUCCGCGAUACUCCGACACGCUCCUGCGUAAGAAUGACUAAGCUACAAAACCUCGAAACCCUCAGAUACCAGGAGACUUUAUACUCCUCACUCCGCAACAUUCCUCCUCCCUCCUCCAUGUUCCUUCAUACUCCUCGCAUGAGAAUGUAGAAAAUAAUAUAAGAAAGCACCGUUUCUUAGAAUUUGAUUAUAAUUCUAGAUUACUGUGAAAACAUAAUAUUACACGAAAACAUACGUCUUAAAGUUCAAAUUGUAUAAUGAGGGCGAAAGGAAGAAAUUAUAUAUUGUUAUGGCCAAUAGAAAAAUAUAGAAAUUAAUAUUGAACGUGCUUGGAAAUUCAUGGUGUUUGUUAUUUAUGAUAAUUUUGCAUUGUAAAAGGAAUAAGCAUUUAAAACAUAAAAGGCACUUGUUGAAACUUGUAGAAAUACCAUUUCUAACUCCUCAUAACAACUUCCUUAUAUUAAAUCCUUCGAUAAUUAUUUACAAUGAUAACUCACUACGAUAUUCUAAAAUAUCGCAUUAAAAUAAUUGUCAUGUUAGAGAUAAAAUUAUUCCAUUUUGAUUUUUUGAGGGUUUAAAAGAAUGAAUAAUAAGUUAAAACGAUGUCUUAUUUUUAUUAAUCGUCGCAUUUAUUAUAUAAUAAGAGUCCGUCCCUUAUAAAUAUGUUUUAGUUUAAAUAAUUGAAUGAGGACAAUUAAACUAGAGUGAUGGUUAAUGCUUGUUUCUUGUGGGGUGCCCUUUGCCCAGCUGUGGGCAAGAGGCCUGUAUUGUUAUAGUAACUUAUCAAGCCUACAUAUCGAAUUUUGCUCAAUUUUUCUCCGAUACCAAACGACGUUGUUCUCCGCGCGAUUUCCGCCACACACAGACAUAAAGAUUGGUAGAAUUAAUGAGAUAAAAUUUCAAAUAAAAAAACGAACACUAAAAGCUUUCACAUCCCAUCUUUUAAAUGACUCGAACAAUUACUAUCCAACUUGUCUAAACACACUCACACAUAAUUCACCAUUAAUGUAAAACUAAUUGCAAUCGGUCAAUCCGUUUGUGAGCUAUGACGCCACACGACACGACAAACUUAUACAAAAACUUAUCAUACUGUAAACUUUAUAGUGUACUUGACUGAUGUUGACUGUAUCCAGUCGCGGUGGAGGCAGAAGUCGUUGAGUGUCGGAGAUAUUGGCUAAGAGAGGGCCGGGUUGUUAUGCAAUACUCGAAAAUAGACUUUAAAGCGAUCUGUUUUAAGUCCACAAACGUUUGACAGAAAAUUGCAACUAAAAAGCUAGUUCUGUUUGUUAGUUUUUAAUCAAUUAUGAACUUUAUAUAAAUGUUUUAAAGUCUGUUUUCGAUUGCUCUGCGCCGGCCUGAAGGGUUCUAAUUACUUUUAAUAUAAAAUACCGUGAGUCACGGCGCUCAAUUAUAGCAUAAUAAUUAUUAAUAUUAAAUUAAGCUAGUAUUAGUCAAUCCGUCCUGUUGAUUUGCAAGAUUUUCAAAUAAAAUUAUUCUCUAUAAAAUUAAUCUUCGUAAGAUAUGUGCCUUUUACUAUUCUGAUGGCUAACUUUGCUUUUAAAUGACUGAUGACGUCACAAGUUUGUAUAUGUUGAACUAAAUUGUGACGUCAUUAGUUCCUACUUUGUAACUUCACCUGUUUGUUGAACUUCUACUUUCUUUAUAUAACAAAACUAGCUUUUCGCCCGCGGCUUCGCCCGCGUCGAUGUCGGUUAUAUCGCGUUUCCAAGAGAACUCUUCAAAAG